AUGACGACAAAUGCCAAUGAUCUUCAUUGUGAAACUCCGAAGAACAUGUAUGUCAAAUUGAUCUCAUCGGAUGGACACGAGUUUUAUAUCAAACGUGAUCUCGCUCUGACUUCUCAAACAAUUCGAGCUAUGUUAAGCGGACCCGGGCAAUACGCGGAAAAUGAAACAAAUGCGAUUCACUUCCGAUGUAUCAGUUCUCAAGUUUUGGCACGUAUAUCACCAGAACAUGCCCUGGAAAUCCUUAUGGCGGCGAACUUUCUCGAUUGCUAA